AUGGAAAAUCCAAAAAGUGGCAGUACAAGGGCUAUCCCGUCAAUUAUCUUUGAGGUUGUUCGCGUGCAUCCUACCGAGGGUAGGGAUUGCGGGCACCUGGAAGUGCGCGAUACUCGCUCCAAUGCCGUGCAACGUUACAGACUGUUCGACCACGUAACUGUCAGCAUCCACGUUUCUGAGUCCGUUACGCACGGCUUAGGUCUUCGCUUACAGUUGGUCUCUGGUCCGAUGAAAUCCGCCGUGUCCGUACCGACUUCCGCUUCCGCUGCCAUUGAGCCUGACGCAACUAAAAAAGAUCUCAAAUCCGAUCUGAUUGAGUCUGUGCAAGCGAUUGACGCUGAACGGCGACGAAAGCGGGCUGCAUUGGAAGAGAUGGCUUUGGAAGAUGAAUCGGCCGGUUUGGAGCAAGAUGAGCUCAUCUCCAAGCUGCAUGAGCCUAGCUCAUUGUACACUCAAAUGCACAAAAUACUUCGGCGCCAUGACCCUUCUUUUGCAACGGAGCCGACCAACUGA